AACUCACCCCCAACCUGAAUAACAUUUAUUCGCGAUUUGUUCUAUGGUGACCGUUAUCUAUUGCUCUAUGGUGACUGGUAUAUACUGCUCUAUGGUGACUGGUAUCUACUGCUCUAUGGUGACUGGUAUAUACUGCUCUAUGGUGACUGGUAUAUACUGCUCUAUGGUGACUGGUAUCUACUGCUCAAUGGUGACUGGUAUAUACUGCUCUAUGAUGACUUAUCUACUGCUCUAUGGUGACUGUUAUCUACUGCUCUAUGGUGACUUUUAUCUAAUACUCUAUGGUGACUGUUAUCUACUGCUCUAUAGUGACUGUUAUCUACUGCUCUAUGGUGACUGGUAUCUACUGCUCUACGGUGACUGUUAUCUACUGCUCUAUGGUGACUGUUAUCUACUGCUCUGUGGUGACUGUUAUCUACUGCUCUAUGGUGACUGUUAUCUACAGCUCUACGGUGACUGUUAUCUACAGCUCUAUGGUGACUGUUAUCUACUGCUCUAUGGUGACUGUUAUCUACUGCUCUAUGGUGACUGGUAUCUACUGCUCUAUGGUGACUGUUAUCUACUGCUCUAUGGUGACUGUUAUCUACUGCUCUAUGGUGACUGUUAUCUACUAUUCUAUGGUGACUGUUAUCUACUGGUCUAUGGUGACCGUUAUCUACUGCUCUAUGGUGACUGGUAUCUACUGCUCUAUGGUGACCGUUAUCUACUGCUCUAUGGUGACUGGUAUAUACUGCUCUAUGAUGACUGUUAUCUACUGCUCUAUGAUGACUGUUAUCUACUGCUCUAUGGUGACUGUUAUCUACUGCUCUAUGGUGACCGUUAUCUACUGCUCUAUGGUGACUGGUAUAUACUGCUCUAUGGUGACUGGUAUCUACUGCUCUAUGGUGACCGUUAUCUACUGCUCUAUGGUGACUGGUAUAUACUGCUCUAUGAUGACUGUUAUCUACUGCUCUAUGAUGACUGUUAUCUACUGCUCUAUGGUGACUGUUAUCUACUGCUCUAUGGUGACCGUUAUCUACUGCUCUAUGGUGACUGGUAUAUACUGCUCUAUGAUGACUGUUAGCUACUGCUCUAUGAUGAC